AUGAUAAAGACACUUGGACACAAUGACACUUGUACACCGGCUUGUACAGCGCUGAUGCUCAACAAACCUGUGUUGUCUUUUCUCCUGAUAACUGCCUUUGAGUCUGUAUUUUGCUUCCUUGUGCUGGAUGUGGCCUCCUUCUUCAUCGAUUCAAGUGGAGGAGAGAAGCUUGGGUUUAAAGUAACUUUGCUUCUGUCUAUUUCUGUGUUACUGCUGCUUCUUAAAGACAUGCUGCCCUCCACUGCCAGUUGCAUCCCACUGAUUGGGAUUUAUUGUGUUGUCAUCUUCGCUGUCAUGGGCAUCAGUGUUCUGGAGACUAUUUUUGUGAAUUUUCUGAUGGCUAAAGGAAAUCAGACAGUUUCAGUGGCAGCAAUGGAAAGCACAUCUGCUCUUUCUGAUACCGUAAAGGACACAAAGGGCCCUUCAGACUCAGUUGCCGACAGCAUUGAAGAGCGGCCGUACACUCUUACCGUCCUGAAGCAGAUCCUCGUGGAGUUUCAGGCUGUUGCUCAUCAAAACCAACAAGAGAGGAAACCCCUGUGCUGGACCAGAGUGGCCACAAUAAUAGAUGUGAUCUUCUUUUUGCUGUACGUAACCACUGUUAUUGUGUUUCUGAUAUCACUGUUCAAGUCUUGGUUCCCAUGAGUAUAUAUAGGCCUGUACAUGAGAUGAUCAGGCUUUCAUAACUUCUGCAUGUUUCAUUAGAAAUAUUAAAAUAUAGAUAAGCCAAUAGUUUUCCUUUUUAGUUACUGUACUGUACAUUAUACUGAAUACACUCUUGAGAAUAAAGCCUCCAAAAGGGGAUUUUUUGCAGCAAUGCCAUUUUCUUAUUGUGAAGAUCAUUUUAAUAAUCUGAAGAACCAUUUUCUGCUAUAAAGAACCUGGAAUGGAAAGAUGUUAAAGGUUCUUCAUGGAACCACAUGUG